GACCUCACCCACUGAACACAUGUAGUUGAUGCUGCUCUAUAUCACCUGAGUUAGAGAAGAUAUUGAUUUUAUUACCUCUGGGAAUUUGCCCUGAGGUGAAUAUAAAACUAGAGCCCCAUUGGAAUCACUGCAGAUUUCCCCUGUGGAUCCAGUGGCAGCAGGUUGUGAGGAUGGAUGGGCUCUUUGGAUUGUCCGUUUUCUCUGUGUGGCCGUGGCAGGACAUUCGCAGUUUGAUGAUCUUCACUCUGGUCUUCUUGGUGAUAGCAGAGUGUUUGAGGACCCGUCGUCCCAGCGGCUUUCCUCCAGGACCCCGGGUUCUUCCUCUUGUGGGGACCAUGUUGUCCCUUGACUUUAAGAAUCUCCACAGACAAAUGACCCAGUUGGCAGAGAAGUAUGGGAAUGUGUACAGCCUUAAGAUGGGCUCCUCCUGGGUAGUGGUGUUGAAUGGCCUUGACGCCCUGCAAGAAGGUCUACUCACCAACGGAGACAUCCUGGCGAGCAGACCGGUACUUCCUCUCCAUACUGAUGUGCUUCCUGAUCUAGGUAUUAUCUUUACCAAUGGAUACUUGUGGAAACAGCAAAGACGAUUUGCCCUCUUCACUCUCAAGUACUUUGGAGUUGGCAAGAGAUCCCUGGAAUCCACCAUACAGGAUGAAUUUAAUCACCUAUCUAGAGAGAUUGCUGGUCAUGAAGGCAAACCGUUCAAUCCUCACUUGGCUAUAAACAAUGCAGUGUCCAACAUCAUCUGCUCCCUGGUGUUUGGUCAUCGCUUUGAGUACAAGGAUGAGAAGUUUCUCACCUUGAUGAAGUUGUUUGACAAGGGAACUCAAAUUGAGGGCUCCAUUUGGGCUCAGUUGUACAAUGGGUUUCCCAUGCUGAUGAGACGUCUGCCGGGCCCUCACCGCACUCUUCAGAAAAUCUAUGGUGAAAUGGUGAAGUUUAUGAAAAUAGAAAUUAAUCAGCACAAGAAAGACUGGGACCCAGCGGAUCCCAGAGACUUCAUCGACUGUUACCUGACUGAGAUUCAGAAGAGCAAGAAGGAUGAUAAAGAGGAUGCUGGUUUUCACGAGAAUAAUUUGGUGAUGUGUUCGUUUGAUCUGUUUGGAGCCGGCACUGAGACCACAUCCACCACCCUGCGCUGGGCUCUGCUCUACAUGACCAAGUACCCGGAGAUUCAGGAGAAAGUCCAGGCUGAAAUAGACCACGUGAUUGGACAGUCCAGGCAGCCGUGCAUGGAGGACCGUGCAGACCUUCCCUACACUGAGGCCGUCGUCCACGAGGUGCAGAGGAUGGCCAACAUCGUUCCUCUGGGGCUGCCUCACUCCGCCAACAGGGACCUCCAGCUGGGAGGCUACUCACUCCCAAAGGGCGUUACAGUGAUUCCUAAUCUGACCUCGGUGCUGUUCGAGAAGGACAAGUGGGAGACGCCCUUCACUUUCAACCCGGGACACUUUCUGAAUGAGGAGGGAAGGUUUGUGAAGAAGGCUGCUUUCCUCCCUUUCUCUGCUGGUAAGCGGGUAUGUCUCGGGGAGAACCUGGCCAGGAUGGAGCUCUUCGUGCUCUUCACCUCCUUCAUGCAGCACUUCACCUUCUCCAUGCCUCCUGGGGUGGAACCUGUCUUAAAGCCCCGUGUUAGCGUCGUUCUUUCACCCCAACACUAUGAAAUCUGUGCCACGCAGCGUUAAGUGUGACACUCCUCAAGCUUUAAGUUGGAUUUAAAAAAAGGUCCAAUAAUGAAUAUUUUGGCCACUUGGAGGCAGAAGAAGUUAACGACAAGCUUGACACGUUAUCGACUUUUGUUAUUUUAGCUUUUGCCCAAUGUUCUAGAUAACAUUUGCCUGUUGACAGUUCACUUAUGUGAAUCAAUGUAUGCUAUGUUGCCAGCAGAAUUGUAAGUCCAAUAUACAGUAUAUAUAGAGUAUCCAAUAUUAUGUCUCCACCAUCCCCUGAAGAAUCAUAUAUGUUUAUAUGCAUACAAUUUGCAUUUGCACGGAUGGUGCUUGGGAAGAAUCUUCAACACAUGUAAAUUAAGGGUCAGAUCCACUUUGACUUUCUCACAAUAUGUUUUAUGACCAAUAAAUCAUUGAGGUUA